AAAAGGGAAAAAAGAAAAGAGAAAACAGAGUUUCAGCCCGAAAUUCGCCCGCCCAAACAUAUCUCGUUCACGGAGAAAUUGAGUUUCAAUUUGAACCACCGUAGCAGUACGGCGACUACUGUUUAAUAAUUGAAUUAUUCCCACCUUGCUUUUUCUCAUACUGUCAAAACCCUUGCUAAAACCAAAAAAGCUCAGAUCCAAACCCAUUCAAUUUUUCUUCGAUUAACGAUACUGCUUUUGGUUUUUUUGCCGAUGGAAAAUUCCGAGUCCACUUCUUCGGUUCCUCCUCCAGCUCCUCUGUCUGAGAAAAAGGAGAAUGAGAAUGUGACGCCGAUUAACCCUAAGUUUGCGGAAUUGGCUGAAUCGCGGCAGGAGCUUCUCAGUAGAAUUCAGAAUCUGAAGCAGGACCUGCAAAACUGGAGGAUGAAGCUGGACACUCAAGUCAAGGUUUACCGUGAUGAGCUCUCUGAGCUGAAGAAAUCACUCAAUACUGAAGUGGAGCAACUCCGGACAGAAUUUCGAGAACUGAGGACCACUCUCCAACAGCAGCAGGAAGAUGUCACAGCCAGCCUAAGAAAUUUAGGGCUGCAGGAUGAAUUGGGAGAAACAAUAGGGGCUGAAGGUGCAAAAGACGUGGAAAACAACAAGGAGGUAGCUCAAGAUUUACCGAAAGAAGAUGAUGGUAAAGACACCAAUGAAUAGGCUGGCUAAACUAUUCUCUUUUGCUACCUCAUUUGUGGUAUUAUUGUGCCUGGAAGAGUUGCCACUUUGUCUGGGUUGUAGAUCAAACGUCUUACCUUUAUUUUCGUUAUGUGACAUUUGUCCAGCAUCACUUCACUAAUAGUGAUGCCGAUUGUUAAUUUCAAUUUAAUUAUUUGACUCUCAGCA